AUGUCCCCACGGUGUCCCCGCGCCCGCAGCGUGGAGCCCACGGAGGCCGGCGACUACCGGCUCUGCUUCGACAACUCCUUCAGCGCCGUCUCCGAGAAACUCGUGUUCUUCGAGCUGCUCCUGGACGGAGCCCACGGGGACGAGGACGGGGACGGGGACGCCUGGCUGGACGUGGAGCCCACGGAGGCCGGCGACUACCGGCUCUGCUUCGACAACUCCUUCAGCGCCGUCUCCGAGAAACUCGUGUUCUUCGAGCUGCUCCUGGACGGAGCCCACGGGGACGAGGACGGGGACGGGGACGCCUGGCUGGAGGCGGCCGAGCCCGAGGACGCGCUGGACGUCAAGAUCCAGGACAUCAAGGAAUCCAUCGAGACCAUGCGGAGCCGGCUGGAGCGGAGCAUCCAGAUGCAGGCGCUGCUGCGGGCGUUCGAGGCGCGCGACCGCAAGCUCCAGGAGAGCAACCGGGGCCGCGUGGACUUCUGGUCGGCCGUGAACCUGGGAGCGCUGCUCCUCGUGGCGCUGCUCCAGGUCUACACCCUGCGGAGCCUCUUCCAGGAGCCGCGGCGCCUGCGGACGUGA